CUUAGAUAAAAAGGCACCACAAUAUUCGCAGGCACAGCAUUAUAUUAUGAAAAUACGUGAGCUUACAGUUGACGUACGAGUGUUCAACGUUGAAUAAACGUUCGCAGUCUCGUUGCCUAUCUUUUGUGUCCACGUAUUCCUGUAUGACAAUUGAGACUGACCGCUUAUGGAGAACGGGAGGACUUUACACUUUUGAAUAGCAACACGCUAAAUUCAUUUAAUUUUAAGUUAUUUUUUUUUGUCGUGGUGGCUUUGAGACUCUGUGCAUGGGUUUUUAAUUUUAAGCAUUCGAUUCCAACGCAAGACAAGUGCCAAUUUGACUUUUUUCAAGUUAUAUGUAGGUGCUUUCUUUAUAUACAAAGACACUUUUGGCAAACGGUGCAGGUAAACGAGUGAGGAAUUAGAAUAUGGAAGUAUGAAGGCCAAAUAUUCGUUUGAAAUACACAAACACGAAUACGCAGUAAGCUAGAGUGGUGAUCAAGGCUUAAAUCUUCUCUAUUCGAGAAGAGGCCUGUGCUUAGUACUUGGCCUUCUAUAGGCUGCUUACCUACCUAUAGUUAUUAUAUACCUACCUAGUAUAUUGCCACUUAACUUUUGCAUACUAGGCACUGAGCUACACGAUAUUUAUGGUCACGAGGUCAUUAACCUUCCUACCAUAGUACCCAAUCCGAUAUAAAAUCUGAAAGUAAAUUAAUCACGGAACAGAUUAUCAGAUGAUAAAACUUUGUUGAAGUAAGCACGGUCGACGUUAAUAAAGGGUUGACAGCAAUACCUACAUCAAACCGGCUUUGUUCGCGUCGCGACUCGCUGCCCCAAGAUUGCCUCAGUAGACAUUCCUGAAACAUACUCGAAUAUGUGCGGAGGCUCGGAGGCUUGCUGCACGUUUGUUUACACUAUGUACGUGUGGAUAAGGAGCAAGCCCUUCCUAUUCACUCUCGGCUCGUCUAGACCCCGUGCGUGCACGAAAUUAAUAAUCCCGCCGACAAGCUUCCACGUUACUUACUUAUUUACACUCACUUUGCAUCUAACUUAAUUUCGUCGUACACUUACGAAAACUCCAAAAACCUCGUGAGUAAUUUAUGACGUUGACUAAGUAAAAAAGGUCGGCCAGAAUCUGCUGUUUUUAAUAUCGUUACAUGAAUAACAAAGUUAUGUCGUUUAGGAGUUUUGUCCUCCCGAUGGGCUGUGGGUAAAUGUUUAUUUUUAUUGUUCAAAUCUACCCCCGAACAUUAACGUAAUAGCCGCCACGAGAAUUUGAGCUACGGCCUACCGUUGCUUACACCGAAAUAGAUUCGCGAAUUAUGAUACUGCAAAAGGAAAACUCAUUAAAAUUACAUAAUAGCGGACUGCCAAAAGAGAAUAUAUUAAUGUUUUCAUUAAACGAUAUAAAAAUCACUAAUACUUCUAUUAUAUGAACUUAAUUAAUUUAUAGCUUAUAAAUACCCCUGAAUUAAAGUGAAGCUCUACGAACGGUGCAAACGCGCCCUCCGUAGCGGCGUAGCGGAUGGCAGCGUAGCCGGAGGGCGGACGCGCGUGCGUCAGUCGGCGAGAGCCGCGCGUCGCCGCUGCACGCCCGGCAUGCGCUCCCGUGCCGCGCGGACACUUCAUCUAACACCUACACACUACCGCGCGCCCCUGUGCCGUCGUCGGCAUGCUGGGCGCGCGGCUCAAGUCAUGGAUGGAGGCGCAGCUGGGGCGGGCGAAAAAACGUAAGCAGAAGCAGGUGCGGGUGUCGGCGCCGGCCGCCAGCACGGGCCCGCUGCCCGCGCCGCACCUGUCCUCCCCGGAGAGCGCCUACAGCACGGGCUACUCCACGGAUGGCACGUCCCCGGGCACCGCGCCCGCUCCGCUCGCCGCUCCGCUCGUGGCUCCCCCGCCGCCUCCCGCGCCACCCACCACGCACCUUUACCACGAACCAGCCAAGCGUCGUUCGAACGUGGUGAACCGCCGUUGUAUCCCGGACCCUGCUCCCAUCCCAGCGGUAGUCUGCGCCACGCCGUCUCCUCGGCCGCGGUGUCGCAUCAGGACCAACCCCUGGCUGGGAGCCACCUCACCCAAUAGAAGGAGACCACAGCAUAUAGUGCACCAGCACUCGCUGCAGUGCCCCCCCACACAGCCACAGCUGCACCACGCUCCAUACUCUCUUGAUUCACAUUCUGUCAAGUAUGGCUCAAGGUCACCACAUCUCUCGCCACACUUAUCUCCAGAGCCCCACAGAUCACCUUACUACCGCGGCGGGGCCUCCAGUGACGAGGAGUGCAGGAACAUGAGGACCAGAGGCCGGGAGACCGCGAUACUCUCUGACGCUGAUAUCGACUCUGAUGGGGAUACUGGUUUAGACGGCGGUGAUGAAGAUGAUGAUGAUACUGCGUCACCGGGCAGACGCAGGGCUAGGAGGAGGAGGCCACCGCGGAGACCUCCACGGUCUGCUGGAGCAACACCACCGAGAAUGCGUCGCCGCAACCACGCACCUUCCGCCCCUCCCGUGCGCGAGAGGGAUCCCCUACUGGAAGCGGACAGGGAAGCCGAGAGGAAGUACAGGGAGCUCAUCAGGGAGGCGGAGAAACUGCUCGUGACUGUCUCACGGGCACCGCUAGAACCUCCUCAUAACCCCAGAGUGAGGGAACUUAGGGCUACGGAGGUGGAAGCCCCCCGGCGCAGCCCGGAGCGCACUCACCUCACCAACUUCAUGCGCGCCAACUCCCCCGAGCCGCCACGCCGCGCGCCGCCGCCCCCGCGCCGCUCCCCGCUGGCCGCGCCGCCACCGCCGCGCGCGCUCAGCGCCGACAGGCCGCACUCCGAGCCGCCCAAGAGGAAGGCCUACGCCAGGGAUGAGGUCUUACAGACUUUGGAAGGGCUUCGCAAGAGUCUGCAGCAGCAGUCAGCCCUUCUGGCCGUACAGCGGACGCGAUUGGACUCCCUAUAGCCGCCAUCCUGUCCCCUUCCCGUCCCGCAUUUAGGUAUUACACUUCUUUAGAUAUCAAGUAGUUAUGCCGUUCACGUUAACAUAUGCCAAAGAUUUUGUACCUAAAGAAUACCUUAAUGGGCUACGUAGUUAUAGAUAUCUCCAAUAGGUUUUGUUCCAAAUCUCCUUCAGUCAUUCGUGUUGUUACUAUCGUCCGAUACGAUAGACUUUUAAGUUUGCAACAAUGUCAUGUGACACGCGUAAGUCGUGAUCUCCAUAUGAGCAAACUUUUUUGGUAAGGUCAUAUUACCCGUUCCCAUGCUGAUCUCAUCCUAAAAACUUUCUGAUGUCAUCGAGACAUCCCACGUUCCUCUUGGCAUUUAUUUGGGCGAAGAUGCGCUUAAUACUGAAACGUCAUGUAUGUGUCAUGAUUGGAAAUAAUUUUAUGUUGUGUCUACGAAAUUAAACUAGGUUAUAAAUCGGAAUGAAUCAUCGAUUCUCGAAUCGAUUUGAUGAUGAUGUUUGAUUUAAAGUCCUAGACUGUAUGGUAGAUAUAUUAACUAUGAAUUGCCGUGCGAUAACGGUUAUAAUUUUGAAUAACAAUUGCUUAUUAUAUUUAGAACAAAUUAAGACAAAAAUGUUCCUGUUCGUUAUACUCCCUAAGGAUUAUUUUAAAUGUCAAUUAUUUAUUUAUUCUUUAGUACACAAUGGUAUUCGAUGAUCCGUUCGUUCAGUUUUCUUUUCGUUGAGAACUAAUAUCAAUCUUAUGGCAUAUUGUUAUGUAAAUAUCUCUAUCAGACUGUGAGAAAUUUCAUAUGAUAACAAUAUCAUCAGAUCGAUAUUCUCUCACGGGGUCAGCAGUAAAAGUGAGACUGCAUAUUCAAACGUGAACAAUGUGCGUUUAAGGCAUAUUCUCCUCUUGAAAAAAAUUGGGCAUAGUUCUCAACGCAGUUUAGUUGUCUACGCAGGAGGAAUAAAUAACAGAUGAUCAAUGGUGGUGGCGAAGUGAAUUCCAUUCUUAAUACCCACAUCAUCAUUAUUUGACAUUUGAAAUGAUCGUAACUCCUUUCCAAUGCUCUGGAUUCCCCAGCCAUUGUGUACUAAAGUCAUUAUUAGUUAGAACGUGAACGGCAAGUAGUUCUUCCAAUUACUCCUUUUCUCUAGUCCCUCCAUAAGUUCUAGUCAGUUUCACAGUUAGUUAGAGUAGUGUUGUUAUCGUUCCGUGUAGGCGAGGCCACUUUCAUUAUCUUCCAUAAUACUUGUAGCGUCAUUUUAUUAGUAGUCAUUAGAUUAGAUGAUAAUCGACGUCGGUUUGUAGCUUUACUGAUAUUUUUUUGCAAAUUACCAAAACUGUAGUGUAUUUAUUUAUUCAUAAAACUAGGAUUCAUGUUUAUGUGUCUAUCUACGAAGAGCAUAAAUUGUGUGCGAUGAUAGCACAUUUAAACAUUGUUGAUCAAUACAAUGCAAGGACCAAAGAAACUAUUAUUUUUAAGGAACACAUUUUUGUACAUUCAAGAAUAGAUUUCUGGGAAUAUUUCGAUGUUUGUCUAAUAAAUAUCUAUAUCAAUGUUCAGACAAUAAUGUGUAUAUCAAAGCAAUACUACCAAUUAGUGCCAUAUUACUUCAGUAUUGCUACAACGACGGCCGCACAUACAGGAUAGAUGUUCUCGGGUAGCGACACAGAGUGAACAACAAAUGGAGCACUCCAUAGCAAUAUGUAUGAAGUAGGGGGUUUUUGAAGAGGGGAUAUGGUUCCGAACUUUGCUUCAUGCAGUUUUGAUACCGAAGCGUGGUCUAUUAAUGUGUAGAAAACAUAAUGGACAAAUUGUGUUGCGUGGACCGCAGUUCGGAGUCUUAUUCCUAGUGUGCAUGUGUUCCAUUGGUUAUUUGCUCUGUGGGUAGCGUAUGUAUCGAGUAGCGCCGUAGUUUUAGACUAGAGCGGUCUCACUAGGGUAAGGGCGUGAGGGCGACCAGUGGCCACGGCGUACUAAGACUGCGUUAUAUUAUCUUAUAAUUAAACUUAUACAAUGUUUACUCGUUAUACUGUAUUCGCUCGGUUGCUCAUUGUGAUUUUCACUUGUUCACAUCGUCGUUUUCGAUGAUAGCAACCCUUUUUAGUUUUUGGUAAUGCUCAUACCUGACAUAUCUUAAUUAACGUAAUUGAAUAUCAUUUAAUUUGACGAUUUGGGAAAUAUUUAUAAGUGUCUUAAUAGUUAAACACUAUCUUAUUAGAUAUCUACACUCCUUUUGUAUAAGCACUUAAAAACAUACAAAAAUUUACUUCUAUAUCACCCUGUUAUGUGUUCAUGAUGAAUUAGAGUAAAUAAGUACUUAAUUACGAAUUACGUCUGUAACAAUUCUCGAUCAUUUCUUUUAAGACUUAAAGCUUAGAUAAAUGAAAAAUCAUGACAUUGCCUUAAGUUUAAACCAAUAAGUAUUAGUAUAAUUAAUAGCUGCAAUAAGCAACCGAGCGACAAGGGAGUCCGUGGUGACUUCCAUAUUUUUGUUAGUGCAAUUUUGGGGGGAAGAUCAAAACGUGCGUAAUCAUCUCCCCAGCUAAAUGUAAAUAUUAAUCCACUUUACUUGUUUAUUGUA